UUCAUGUCAUCGGAGUCGUCGUGCCAAUCGGGGCGAUGCAGCCGUCCGAUGGAUGAACGGUCAAGAUCACCUUCGCACCAAUGAAGUCGCCGCCGGUGGAGGGUAAACCCUAACCCUAGCCGUUCUCCCCUAUCCCCUUUCUCUUCUACUCUCUCUUUCUCCUCCGGCGUGCCGGCGGCGGUAGGGAGCGGAGGCGAGCGGCGCGCUCGCGUGGACGGCGCGGACCGAGCGGAAGUGGAUGCAGCGGCGGCCAGCGCCGCCAGCGUCGAGAGGAAGCGGCGGCGAGGGAGGCCUGCCGGCGGCAGUGGCGGAGAGGAGACGUCGACGCGGUGGCCCCUAGCCCGCGGCGGCGGUGGCCGGCGGCGACGGCGAGGGCGGUGCGCCGAUUGCGCCGAUGCGGAAGCGGCUGCCCGGUGAGUUCGCACAGCGACGAUGAGGCUGUGCGGCAUACACCGGCCACUACUUCAAAUCUACGGCAUCAACACCAAUGCCAAGGUCUAUACAGCAAUUGCCACCGCCACCACCGGGGCCAACAAUUUGCAGGAUCCCAACUGCUGCAUCGCGGAGCUGGCUGCCGCCGGGCGCAUUUUGGAUGCACGCAGGCUGUUCGAUGGAACACCCGACCGGGACGUGGUGUCCUGGACGGCGAUGGUCGCGGCGUACGUGCGCCAGGGCAUGCUCAGGGAGGCGCGAGCGCUAUUCGACCGCCCCGAUGCACGCCGGAACGUCGUCACCUGGACUGCUCUGAUGUCUGGCUAUGCACGUGCGCACUGUGUUGAUGAGGCUGAGGCACUCUUCGAGCGCAUGCCAGAGAGGAACAUCGUCUCUUGGAACACGAUGCUUGAGGCGUAUACCACAGUUGGCCGCGUGCAGGAUGCGUAUGCACUUUUCAAUAGCAUGCCAGUGAGGGAUUGUGGCUCCUGGAACAUUCUUUUGGCUGCACUUGUGCGAUCAGGGAACCUGGAGAAGGCAUGUCAGGUGUUUGAGAGAAUGCCAGCAAGGGAUGUCAUGUCAUGGACAACAAUGGUUUCUGGUCUUGCACGGAAUGGAAGCGUUGAUGAGGCUCGGGUGUUGUUUGAUGCCAUGCCUAAGAGGAAUGUUGUUUCUUGGAAUGCCAUGAUCUCUGGGUAUGCUCGGAACCACAGGAUUGAGGAAGCGCUUGACUUGUUCACGAAGAUGCCUGUUAGGGAUGUUGCUUCUUGGAACAUUAUGAUCACUGGCUUUAUCCAGAACAAAGAUUUGAAGAGUGCACGGGAACUUUUUGAUGAGAUGCCUAAAAGGAAUGUGAUCACUUGGACAACCAUGAUGAAUGGUUACUUGCAAUGCAUGCAGAGUGAAAUGGCACUAAAACUAUUUAACUGUAUGCUUGUUGAAGGAAUCCGACCAAAUCAAGUGACAUUUCUAGGUUCUCUUGAUGCAUGCAGCAACCUUGCUGCACUCUGUGAAGGGCAGCAAAUCCAUCAGAUGAUAUACAAGACAUCAUUUCAGUUUGAUACUUUUGUGGAAUCCACUCUAAUGAACUUAUAUGCCAAGUGUGGUGAAAUUACGCUUGCAAGAAAUGUGUUUGAUUUCGCAACGGAAAAGGACUUAAUCUCAUGGAAUGGGAUAAUCGCAGCAUAUGCACAUCAUGGCUUUGGCAUAGAAGCUAUGCAUUUGUACAAAAAGAUGCAAGAAAAUGGUUAUAAACCCAAUGAUGUUACCUAUGUGGGAUUGCUUUCAGCGUGUAGCCACUCUGGUUUAGUUGAUAAAGGGCUUAAGAUCUUUGAAUCGAUGGUAAAGGAUAGCUCCAUUGUAGUGCGUGAUGAACAUUACACUUGCUUGAUUGAUCUUUGUAGCCGAGGUGGACGGCUUGAUGAUGCUAGAAGACUAAUUAGCUGGUUUAAGAUCAAACCUACAUCAAGUAGUGUUUGGCGUGCCCUUCUAGGUGGAUGUAAUGCACAUGGAAAUGAGAGUAUGGGUAAUUUAGCAGCUAAAAAUCUCUUAGAAGCAGAACCGGAUAAUGCUGGAACUUAUGCUCUCUUGUUUAACAUUUAUGCUUCUGCUGGUAAAUGGAAAGAAGCAGCAGAAAUUAGGUCAGAGAUGAAUGUUCGAGGACUAAAGAAACAGCCAGGGUGUAGUUGGAUCGAGGUGACAAAUAAGAUUCAUGUAUUUGUUUCCCGUGAUAAAUCCCACGGUGAAUAUGUCUUGAUAAAUGACUUGCUGCAAGAUAUUCAUCACAUUAUGAGAGUGUCUGGUACUGUUCCCAGAGAACAUAUGCUUAUUGAUGAGGAGCUAGUAGGGAUUUAAAUAAUGAGGCAUGUCUAAUUGAUAUUCCAGUACAAGAAUUAGCGUAGACUGUAGAGGAGUUUGGACAGAUGGGGACAGUGGUACCUUGACACCUUUACUAGCACAGCCCAAUCCUUUAUUUGCAUUCCUUGUUGGAUAUGGACAUGGGCUAUUCUAUUCAUCGAGUGACAUUCAAGAUCUUUGCAGAAGACAAUCUUUACUCACCAAUUCUUGGAUUCUACUUCGCUAAUUCACAUAUAGUUGCUUUGUGCUGUCUGAUGGCACCUGCUUUCUCAAACCUAUCCCAACUAUUUGUCCUAUUUCUGGGCUAACAGCAACAUCACACGAGAAACCCUUCGUACCAAGAAGGGAACUGUGGAUGAGUGGGUGAGGUGCAAUGACGAUGGACUACUACCUUAUUCUUCGGACCUUGGGAGCAUUAUUAAGUACCAUCAUAAUCUUACAUCUAGAGGCUAUCGAGUCUUGGUAUACAGUGGCGACCACGAUUCCAUCGUUCCUUUUCCCGGCACACAGGCCUGGGUGAGAUCACUCAACUAUCCAAUUGUGGAUGACUGGAGAGCCUGGCAUAUGGAUGGUCAGUCCGCAGGAUUCACUGCAACAUAUGCAAAUGGCUUGACCUUCGCUACUAUAAAGGGAAAACCAGUCAAUUUGCAGAUAUCUCAGAUCUCCUUGUGAAAAACUGAAUUGCCACACUGAAUUAUGCCAUUGUUACUGGACAACCCAAAUGCAAGAAUACAUGAUUGUGCAUUAUGCAAUUGCAAAUUAACAUGUAUGUAUAAUAUGUUGCUCAACUGAACCCAUCCAGGGUGGUGGACACACUGCACCAGAGUACCAGCCAGAGAGAUGUCUUGCUAUGUUUGGGCAUUGGAUUUCAGAGAAACCACUUUGAUAUAUGAUUGUGUAUCUAAUGAAGGGUACAAUCCUCUGUCAUGUUCAUCGGGCAAUGAGUUAGCAGGGCACAAUAUGUACAUGCCAGAGAGGACCAGAACAAGUUCUGUAUGGUACUAGAGUGAAUAUGAGAGGGUUCAUAGCCAGAGAGAUGUCUUGCAAUGUUUGGGCAUUGGAUUUCAGAGAAACCACUUUGAUAUAUGAUUGUGUAUCUAAUGAAGGGUGUAAUCCUCUGUCAUGUUCAUCGGGCACUGAGUUAGCAGGGCACAUGUACAUGCCAGAGGGGACCAGAACAAGUUCUGUAUGGUACUAGAGUGAAUAUGAGGGUUCAAAAUGAACCUUAGAUCAUCUCUCUCUGUGGUAUAAAUUUGAAUCAGAUCAUGACACUGGUAUAAAUUUGAACUAUGUCUCUCUGUGGUAUAAAUUUGAAUCAUAUCAUAUGAC